GGAGGCUGCGGGGCUGCCGGGCGGGGGAGCGCGAGGUCCCGCUGCCAUGGCUCGGCGCUCGGGGCUGAGGGGGAAGCAGCCGGUCAGCAGCAGGCCGAAGCUGGAUCUACUGUUUUUGCAGCGAUUUGGGCGGAUCCAGGCUAUUCUCUACCCGUCAUGGCUGUCGCAGAGUGUGCUGAUGUAUGCCACGCUGCUGGCUGUCGCCCUCCUUGAACAGCUGGUGGUUUAUCAGGUGGGGAUCAUCCCCAGUCAUUUCUAUGAAGUUCUGGGAAACAAAGAUCUAACCAGCUUUAGAAACCUCACCCUCAUCGCCAUCAUCAUAGUGCUCAAUUCAGUGCUAAAGAGUUUUGACCAGUUUAUUUCGAGUCUGAUGUACGUGCACUGGAGGCAGAGCCUGACCACGUACCUGCACAGGAACUACUUCCAGAGGAAGGUCUACUACGUGCUGAACGUGCUGCGAGAGGACCUGGACAACCCGGACCAGCGGAUUAGCCAGGACGUAGAGCGGUUCUGCCAGGCGCUGAGCACCGUGGCCAGUAAAUGCAUAAUUUCUCCAUUUACACUGGGCUACUACACCUACCAGUGCUUUCACAGCACUGGCUGGAUGGGGCCCGUCAGCAUCUUCAUUUACUUUGUGAUUGGAUCCACCGUCAACAAGAUCCUGAUAGGACCCAUCGUGGCCACCCUGGUGGAGCAGGAGAAGCUGGAGGGAGACUUCAGGUUCAAGCACAUGCAGAUCCGAGUAGGCGCAGAGUCUGCGGCCUUUUACAGAGCGGGGAGCGUGGAGCAGGUGAGGACAGGCAAGAGACUCCAGGAACUGCUGCGGACACAGAGGUUGCUGAUGCAGAGGGAGCUGUGGCUUCACCUGGGGGUGAACACGUUCGAUUACCUGGGCAGCAUCCUCAGCUACGUAGUGAUCGCUGUGCCUAUCUUCAGUGGGGUGUACGAUGGGCUGCACCCCGCAGAGCUCAUCGCGCUUGUCAGCAAGAAUGCCUUUGUGUCCAUCUACCUGAUCAGCUGCUUCAGCCAAUUGAUCGAUCUCUCGACGUCCGUGUCUGACCUGGCCGGCUACACGCACAGGAUCGGGGAGCUGCAGGAAGCCUGCCUAGAGAUUUCCAAAUCCCAAGGGAAAGAGGGUCUUUGUGUCAGCGAGGAUUUGUGGGAGUUUGAAGAUAGCCUGGAUUUAGGCGAGGGGCAGUCCAGUGGGAAGGCCUGGAUUCUGGAGCGAGUCUCCUUCACCUCGCCCUCUUCAGACCAGCUCCUGGUGCAGAACCUGACGCUGCAGAUCACAGAGGGCAACAGCCUGCUGAUUACAGGCAACACAGGCACCGGGAAGACGUCCCUGUUACGGAUCCUGAACGGACUGUGGGAAGCCGCGGAGGGCUCCGUGCGGAGGUUGACCUGCUUCGGGCCCCAUGGGAUUCUCUUCAUUCCCCAGAAGCCGUUCUUCACAGAUGGGACCCUGCGGGAGCAGGUGAUUUACCCCUUGAAAGAGAUCUACCCAGCCUCAGAUUCAGCCGACGAGAGAAUCAUUCGUUUCUUGGAACUCACAGGCCUGAUGUCGCUGUUGAAGAGGACGGGAGGGCUUGACAAACAGAUGGAGUGGAACUGGUUCGACGCUUUGUCUCCAGGAGAAAUGCAGCGGUUGUCCUUCGCUCGGCUUUACUAUCACCAGCCCAAAUACGCAGUAUUGGAUGAAGCGACGAGUGCGUUGACGGAGCAGGUGGAGGGCGAGCUUUACCGGGCCUGUAAGCAGCUGGGGAUGACCGUGGUCAGUGUUGGGCAUCGCAGCAGCUUGGAGAAGUACCACGACUCUUUGCUGAAGCUCUCGGGAGCUGGUGCUUGGGAGCUGAGUCAACUCCGUUGACAGGCCGGCAAAGCAGAAUGUCAAGGAGGUCGGAGCUGGUCGCACGUUUUCCCAGCUUGCUGGACCCCUGGAAUGUACGGCAGUCCCAUUGGGACCAAGGACAUCACCGUAACGCCUAGAAAUGUCACAGCUCGGAGGCAAAGCACUCCCAGCUUUCAGUCCUGGUGUAUGUUCACAACUUGUAGGAUGAGCCAGGAGGAGGUCUAUAAUUUUCCUCGACUUCAAGUGAAUGAUUCAGAAUGACUACAUGCAAUCAUGAAAAGAAAGGGAUAAUUCCCAGAGAUAGUUAUUUUUAUUGACUGAUCUCAUUUCUAUUGGAUGGAGGGCAUGGCUGAGGUGUGAGACAUUACCAGUCCACUGCUCUGACCAGACUGAGCUAAUUGGAAAAGAUGAGGUAUUAGUGCUAUAAAAGAUCUGCUGUGAGCUAAUAAACUGGUGAAACGAGCUCAA